AUGAAAAUGAGGUUACCAACACAUUGUUAUCCUCCAUUAUCAGGAAUCCAAUCACACAGUGGACCAAGUGUUGAUUUAGCAAUUUUUGGUUUACACUUAAGUGGGAUUAGUACCGGUAAACAUAUAAAACUGCCGGUAUUAAAUUUGGCUAUAUACUGGAAACUGUUGUAUAUUUAUAGAUAUAUAACACAAUCAGUAGGAAACCAUCUAGGUUUAAACCUAGAUGGGUUCUUCAGAGACUACACGCCAAAGUAUUUUCAUUGUAGAUCCUUGCAUUCGACGUACAAGAAUAAUUAUAAUGAUAAUCAUAAUAAUUUACCUUUUGCUGCUUAUUUAGCAGGUUUUAUUGAAGGUGACGGUACUAUAAUAGUACCAAAUACUUUAAGAUCGCCUAAAGGUAAAUUGAAUUAUCCUUCAAUUCAAAUUGUUUUUCAUUUAAAAGAUUUACCUCUAGCUUUAAUGAUUCAAAAAGAAUUAGGUUUUGGUUCUCUUUCAAGAAAAAAAGGUGUUAAUGCUUAUAUUUUGACUAUAAAUAAUAAUGAGGGUAUAUUAUUUGUUAUAUCUUUAUUAAAUGGUAAUAUGAGAACACCUAAGAUAAAUAGUUUAUAUAAAUUGAUUGAUUUUUAUCAAGGAUUUCUAGAAGCAGAUGGUUCUUUUCAAGUUAGAAGUACUCUUAGUGGUAAAUAUCCUAAAUUCGAAUGUAAGUUGGAAAUAUCUCAAAGACAAACAGAUCAUAAAGGUUUUAGUAAUCAGGAGUUUUUAAAUAAAAUUGCUGAUUUAUUUAACACUGAAGUUAAAGAAACAAGAUUAAAUAAAUCUACUCCAGAGUAUAGAGUUAGAACUACUAAUUUACAAGGAAAUAAUCAAGCAAAGAAUUAUUUAAUUAAAUAUCCACUGUUUGGAACUAAGUAUUUAGAUUCUAUAGAUUGA